AUGGCCGUCGUGCUGAUACUGAGAAAGAGCGUGUACAGGCAUGCACGUAAUUACAAACAAACCGUCAUCCCUUUCGAGGCCGGUUCUGCGGUUCUGAUCGACGGUGCGAACACCCGGAAAUCACGGCAGAACGGGUCGGGGCAGGCUGAGCAGGCUGAGCAGACGGAGCGCGAGAACGCGUGGUCAGAUCCACGUCUUGAAAGCUUUCGAAAAGAGCGGCUUAUCACGAUGAAACAGACGCUGGGGCAGUAUGAAGCCGCUCUACGUCAUUUGGUUGAUUGUUCAGAUUCUUGCAAAGCUGUGCCAGAAUGUUUUCACACGAAGAUUGACUCUCUGGCCACAGAAACUUCUGCAAAGUGGUCUGCCAAAAACGAAAAUCCACACCCAGAGCAGAUCGUUAUUUUCAAUAGCAAUUUUAUCCUGCCAGUAAAACCGACCUAUGCUGAAAAGCUGAGAAAUACUGUGCAGCUAUUUUAUCCUUCUUGGGAAUCAUCAGCGGUGCGCAUUUCACGAAACUCCGGCCAGUGGUUGAACACUCAACCGUUUGGCCAAGAGUGGCUGAUCAGCUGA